GUCAAUAGACAAUCCGUUUGCGGCAAUCUGAAUCCCCGGAGUUUAAAAAGGUAAACUUCACUGCAUCAUCAUAGCUCCUUCAACUUCAACUUUAGUAACAUCGACGCUACUCCUUCUUCGAGUUACAAAUUAGUUCUCAUCACGUCCGAACAAAAAGCUUAAAGUGACGGAAACACCGUGUGGGCUUCUCACACAUCAAAUGGUCAAACAAGGUUCCCAGAUGGACGUUGAACUGCUCCCCUCAAUGUGAAGCACCGCGGGGAGGAUGGACAAGCUUUCUGUGGCAGAUAAAGCUGCUUCAAGCAAAGUGAGUUCUCUAACACUGACCCGCUGGGUGGAUCCGUCCUUCACUGAUUUGCCAGGGGAAAGCUUUGCUCCGUCGAGAAGGAGAAAGGGCAGCCAGGUUUUGUGCCCCAAGGCUGAGCCGAAGAGGCCCAGGAAGAGGACCAAAGAGGUGGGCAGCUCGGAGCUUCACACGUCCUACCUGCUGAAAGAGCUGGCCCAGAGGGACCAGGAUGAGUCCUGGGUGGACAGACACUCGCCCCGUUCACAGGCUGAUCUAGCUGUCCACAAGAAGAAGAUAGAGGAAGUGGAGAACUGGAUGAGAGUUCACUCAAACGCAGCAAAGGGUGGUAUCUUGCUGCUGACGGGACCAUCCGGCUGUGGAAAGACUGCCACAGUCCAGGUUUUGUCUCGAGAGCUGGGCCUCAGGGCUCAGGAGUGGACCAACCCCUCCAACCUGGAGCCAUACAGCAGCAGCCAGCAUGAAUGGAGGAUGAACGGCUUCCCCUGCAGCUCCCAGUUCACCCAGUUCCAGGAAUUCCUCCUCAGAGCAAACAAGUACAACUGCCUGAAGAUGGUGGGCGAUGGAGGAACUACAGACAGAAAGCUCAUCCUGGUGGAGGAUUUCCCAAACCAGUUCUACAGGCAGCCUGGCAGCCUGCAUGAUAUCCUGAGGCGCUUUGUGAAGACGGGUCGAUGUCCCCUGGUGUUCAUAGUGUCCGACAGUCUGAGUGGAGACAGCAGCUCGCGCUUUCUUUUUCCCCGAGAGAUCCAGGAGGAGCUGGGCAUCAGCAGCAUCAGUUUUAAUCCGGUGGCUCCAACCACGAUGAUGAAGGUCCUGACUCGAGUUUCAACCCUGGAGGCGGGAAAGCAGAGCUGUGGGAGGAUGUGCGUUCCAGACCAGGCAGUGUUGGAGACGCUGUGUUCAGGAAGCUCGGGAGAUAUUCGCAGUGCCAUCAACAGCCUUCAGUUCUCCUCCCUCCCAGACACGUCAUUGGAAAAAGGGCUGGGGAGGGUGAAGGACAGGCAAACUUCGCUGGGCAAAGCUGUUUCCAGAACAAACCAGAGGAAGAAGAAGUCCAAACUGACAAAGGAGCAGGAUGAGGAGCAGGCUAUUGGAGGGAAAGAUGCUUCUCUGUUCCUGUUCAGAGCACUGGGGAAGAUUCUGCACUGCAAACGAGGGAAACAUGAAGGUGCCGAAGCAGCUGAAUGUGACACUGGACCUGGUCUACCAUCUCACCUGUCUCACCAUCACAGAGAAGCAUUACUUGUAGACCCUGAGCUGGUUGUUGAGCGUUCCCACAUGUCUGGAGAGUUCUUCAACCUGUAUCUGCACCAGAACUACGUGGACUUCUUCUCUCAGUUGGAAGACGUGGACCGAGCCAGCGAGUAUCUGUCUGACGCCGACCUCCUCACUUCUGAUUGGACGAGUCGCAGCACCAUGGGCCAUUAUGGGUCUUCAGUGGCCACCAGGGGGCUCCUUCACUCCAACUCUCAGCAGGUUUCUGUUGGCUUCAGACCACUUCACAAACCCAACUGGCUGCUGGUCAACAAAAAGCACCGAGAGAACUGCCUGGCUGCCCAGUCGCUGUUCAGGAGCUUCUGUCUGACACCAGUCAGCCUGCAGACGGAACUGCUGCCAUACCUGGCCCAACUCACCAACCCUAUGAGGAACCAAGCUCAGAUAGCUUUUAUCCAGGAUGUGGGUCAGAUGCCACUGAGGAGGUUCCCCGGCAGAUUAAAACUGGAGACUCUGACAGACAAAGAGCCAGCCCAGCUGGAGAAAGACAGCGAAGAGGAAGAGGAGGGUCCGGCUGGGGUUGCGGAGGGUCCAGGGGGGGUUGAGGAGGGUCUGCCUGCCAGUCAGCCCCAGCCCACUACAAGCCAUGGCCUGCUGGAGGAGGAGGACCUGAUAAUUGAGGACUAUGCCAGUGACUAACACACACUCACUGUCAUACUGGGACACAGUUUCACUCUGUCAUUGUCAACUAUUUUGUUGUAUGUUUUUUUAAUUUUUUUUCAUAAUUCAGUUUUGGCUUAGUAUGGAGAAAGAUUAGCGCCACGUCGUAAAAUAAAUAACUAAAUUAUUUUUGAUAUAUGAGGAAAAUCAUUGUUACUGUUAAAAAGUUGUUAUACUUUCACUUUUUCCCCCUGAAUAACCUUUGAGAAUUCUGACUUUUUUCUCAAUUGUAUGAUUCCAGACCUAAUAAUUCUUCACGUAACCAUACUCCAAAGUAAGUUGAUGACUGUGAUUAUAGCUCUGGUAUUACCAGUAUUUUUGCCUUAUUAAGGUGUGAUCUGUACAACAUAUGUUACUUUUCAAACAAGCCUGUCGUCUUGUAGAACCUGAGUUGAAUGUGAUUCUAUAGCUUGAAACAGGCUCAUAACAAUAUGAAAGCAUGGGGAUUAAUUGUGAUAAUCUCCCUUAACAGUUCAGUUGUACCACUUGAAUUAUUGUCACUAUUUAUUUGUUUUCGAUGCAUGUUCAGCACUUGUUCUUCAUCUUUUUGUUUUGCUGAGUGACUGUUGAGCCUAGAUGAACCUGUAAUGGAGAUCUGUCUCUUUUUUUUUUUUUUUUACUGUUACCCAUUGAUGGAUGGAAAAUAAUAAAUAUUACAGUCAAUGCUUAUUGAGGCUUAACUUGCGUGAAUCUAAAUAAGCAUAUGAAUAAAAAUAAUGUGUGAAACGCUGA